AUGGAAGAAAGCCUGCCUCAAUUACCAGUCAGGACAUCAGUGAGCAACGUCGCUGCCUCCAGAACAACGACGUUGACCGAAAGUCCGCUUCAGUUAUCUGUCGGCAUUGGUCACCGGCCCGAAGUAUGGUGCGGAGCCCCGGACUUCUCGGACCCGGGUACAUACGACAUCUCCUCGAUAUUCGUCAUCUUCCGGACUAAGCCAUGUUACACCAUGUCAUUGGCUAUUGAUGCCAGAUGGCGCGUUCAUAAUCAAAUAAUCUUCAGCUAUCGCAAUCCUAGUCUCCGUAAACAUGCCGCGCAAGACCUACCAUUCCGCCGGGUCCGCCCUAUUGGCUUCAUUGACGUUCAGACUUUCCAUCUUUCAUCUACACCACUAUCUGCCGAGUCUAGAACUCAAUCCCGUUAUCUCACUGAUUUCGAUAUGUUCCUGGCUUGGCGAGAGGAGCUCAUCUAUCCGUACCGAUGGCCAACUUUGACGUAUACCACACUAUCGCACCACCUAAUAUCACCGAGGAGAAUAGCCCCGAAAGCCGCGGCUUUUCCUUCACGCUUCAUCUCUCUGGAACACCUACCACAGAGGGGCUUUCGCCAAGAGAUCCAACAUGAGCCCAUGCGUCGAGCCCGCUUACCUCAUCCCGAAAGCGAGAACAGAAACAACCGACGUUCGGUUCAUCCGGAGACACCGACCUUGGAUCUUUAUUCUUCCCCGGUCUCAUCCAAGACCGUAGGCGAAGAGAAGGAGUGGAGAGAGAGGAAGAGGUGGAGGCCGCGUCUUCAAUGCUAUACCAUCACCCGGGUUUCCCGCUUCGCGCGGACUCCCUCUCGCUGGUCCCCCCCCAUCGGGCCGUCGAGUGCCUGGUUUUCUCUGGGCCCUUCCUCCUCUCCUCCCACUCCCCACUUCGACUCCACCUCCACCUCCCGCCCCAGAGCCGCGCGCGCGGCCGCUGCGGCCCCCAACUUAAUACCAAAGGCUGGCUACCUACUCCCACCGGCAAAAAGCUGCCAUCUAGAGCUCGUAUACCAGUUCCAGUCACCGUCCGUAUUUCGGGGCGUUUCUAUGGAACACAACGGCGAGCCGUCUUUCGUCGUUCUUUCUCCACGGGCAAUACCUAGUUUCUGCCAUGUGACAGAGGGGGCCUCGCCGGGGUCGGCCCUACCCACAACACGGAUAGGUGGCGUUCUAGACCUGGAGAAAGGGCGGAAGUGCGAGGUGAUCGGAGGAGUUACGCGGAGAAGAUGGAGGGGUCGGGAGAGUCAUGGCAUGCACUGUGAAUCCGGGGCAAACUCGAGUUCCCUCUUCCUUUUUGCUCGAAAUGCGAGGCUCACGAACCAGGCCAUUUUGUCAUUUUCCGCCUUUGCGACGAACGCCUCAUCCCUGGCCCCAAGCUCAUCCAAUUUACCCCAGACGCCGUCGCAAUAUCUCGCCAUCCUCAAGAGUUUGAGUAUGUGA